AUGGUUGUGGGCGGAUUCCUACCGAAGUCUGGUUACAGCCUUUUAUCAGACACUGCUUCUUCUAGCAGUCAUGGUAUUAAGGCGCGUCAGCACCGUGUGGGGACACGAGCCGGCGAGCGGCCCCGGAGACCGACGGCCGGGGCUCUGCUCACUCUCCUCUCUUCCUUCCCGGGAAAAGCUCCCCGAGGCCUCGAAAGCCCUCGAAUGGCCCACGCGGCACUGGAGCCCCAGGGCGGGAGGGAGGCGACGCUGUGCCCGGGGUCCGCCGCCGGCGCGCGCGCUCACCAGCUCGGCGCGCAGCCCGGCCAGGGCGGUCCCGACGUGCUCGGUGCCCGGAGGGUCCCGCGGCGCCUCGGCCUCCGCCUCCGGCCCCGCCUCCGCUCGAGGGCGCCCGGAGCUCCCGCGCGGCACGGUCCGCGGCCAGGCGCGCGCCUGCCGUCGCCUGAGGUCUUCCAGCCGCGGGCCGGCGGCGUGGGCCUCCUCCUGGCGGUUCACGCUCUUGCUGCCCCCGGGGGAGCCGCGCGCGGGACGGGGGGCGGGGGGCCACGGCCCGUCACUGCCUGGGACCCCCGGGGGUCCGGGGGCCGUUGCCCGUCCGCGGCGGUGGGAGUCCUCGGGGCCCAUCUCGGAGACGCCGGCUCCCAUUCCAGGCACCAACAACCGAAGGAGCGGGCCCCCUUGACUCCGAGGAAAGAUUUGCCCCGGAUCACUUUUCUUGCUCCUUGGAGUGCUCCAAAGGAAGACUUGUGUCUAUCCAGAUGGGAACCUGAGUUUCAACGAAGGAGAACAGGUGCUAAGAUUGCAAGGGCAACGGAAUCAGCUCUGCGCUACGGCAGUGAAAUCAAGCUUCACGAGGCCCAUCCAGUGGGUUGGCUGAUGAUUUUAAAUUGUCAGUGGUCAUCUGGGACCCAUUUAAUCAUCUCAGUCCCAUCACAUCUUCUAAGCGUAUUUGGAGAUCUUCAUGAUGGUUUGACUCCUUCCUCCAUUGUCAUUCUCGACAGUCUUCAUCAAGAAAUGGAGACCUACCGCCACAGUUCAGCUUUCCAUUGAAAAGAGGUAGUGUGUCAAACCUACCUACUAUUCUCCACCAUUAAGACAUGUUUCUAUGAUGCAUCUGACAACUUAUAUGCAGAUUUUCUUUAGAUGUAAUAGCUGUACUGUAAUAAAGAUGAAG